CGCUAAGAUGGCGGCGACGGCGCCGCGUCACGUGACGCCGCGCGAGAAACGGCCGCGGCGCCGCGGGCGGGAAGCGCGAUGGAGCCGGCGGCGCUGGAGAAGUUCUCGAGCCCGGGCAAGGGCGGCGGCCUCCGCUGCCGCCGGCGGCUGCGGCCCGGUGAGCUGCUCUACCGGGCCGAGCCCUUCGCCUACGUCGUCACCAAGGAGCAGCUGGGCGGCGUCUGCGACUGCUGCCUGCGCAGGAAUGAACAUCUGCACAGAUGCUCUCAGUGCAAGGUUGCUAAAUACUGUGGUAAAUCCUGUCAGCUAAGAGGCAGAGACCUGUUGCAAACAGUGAGGAAAAGGUGCAAGAUGAAGAAAACGGCGAGAACCCAGAACAUCAUAGAUAUAUUCUUACAUAAAGAAGCUUGGCAGGACCACAAGCAGGAAUGCAAGUGUCUUAAGAGCAUUGAGCCCAAUUUUCCUCCAGACUCCGUCAGGCUUGCUGGCAGGAUUGUUUUUAAACUGCUUAGACAAUCAGCAUGCCUUUCAGAGAAACUCUACUCUUUUUCUGAUCUUCAGUCAAAUACUGAACAACUAAGUGAGGAAAUGAAAGAGGGCCUCAGGCACCUUGCACAGACACUGCAACUGUAUCUGAAAGCGGAGAUCCGGGAUGCCUCUCAGCUGCCACCUGCAAUUGACUUUUUUCAGAUCUUCACAAAAGUGACUUGUAACUGUUUCACCAUCAGUAAUGGAGAGAUGCAGGAUGUUGGUGUUGGCCUUUAUCCCAGCAUGUCUUUACUGAAUCACAGUUGUGACCCAAACUGUGUGAUCGUUUUUGAAGGAUACCAGCUUUUACUUCGCUCCAUCCGAGAGAUCCAGAUUGGUGAAGAGCUCACCAUCAGCUAUAUUGAAUCACUGAUGCCCACCAGUGAACGCCAAAAGCACCUGAUGCGCCAGUACUGCUUUGAAUGUGACUGUCUUCUCUGCCAGAAUCAAGACAAGGAUGCUGAGAAACUUGCAGGUGAAGAGCAUGCCUGGAAAGAAGUCAAAGAUGCUGUAAAUAGAGUGAGAUAUCCAAAAACAAAAGAAGAGUGGGAGCAGGUUCUGGCAAGAUGCCAGAAUCUCUUAAGCAGCAAUGCAGGUCGCCUUCCAGACACAAAUAUCUAUCAGCUGAAAAUGCUUGACUGUGCCAUGGAUGCCUGUAUUAACCUUGGAUCCUGGGAAAAAGCUUUGAAUUAUGGCAGCAGGACUCUCGGACCGUACAGACUGUAUUAUCCUGGUUUUCAUCCACUGAGGGCUGUCCAGCUGAUGCGAGUGGGCAAGCUGCAGUAUAGUCAAGACAUGUUCCCUCAAGCCCUGGAGACCUUGAAACAGGCCUAUAACAUUAUGAAGGUGACCCAUGGAGCAGAUCACAGCCUGAUGCAAGCUUUGAUGGAACUAAAGGAACAGUGUGAGGCUGUCAUGAGAGUGCAAUGAAGAAAAGCUGCAGUCUGGAAAACAAGAUAUUCAAGGGAAAAGGAAAGCCAAUGCUUUUUAUUGCGUUGGAUAGCUUCUUAUUGAUUUUGGAGUCUUUUCAUCAGGUCCUACUUGCUUUACAGAAAUGUGUAAUGUUUAUUAGUUUUACUGUAUGAUCUUCAGAACUGAAUUCAUGUUUUGAGAAAUAUCUGCCACUUUCAGAAGGAUUUUAACUUCUGAAAGGCACACUGGCAGUGGGUAAGUCUUAAUAUUUCAUCAUAAUACAUGCUGGUGAUAAAAACACACACACACAUAUGGACGGGAAUACUCAUAUUCUUUUUUGUUCAAUAACCAAAACCUCUGAUGCAAAUACCUCUGAAUAUAGGGAAAAAGAUUAGACUUGAAUUCCAAUGUGAUACUUGGCUAAACUUCCUACUGAGCUUCUCCCAUGCUCUUUUACGUAUGGAUUUCUCUAUCUGCACUAGCUAUGGAAUUAUCAUGAAGUCUCACCUUACCAGAUGUCUUAUGUCUCAAUUUACUAGGAAACAUGUUAAGGUUUUUUUUUUUUUUUUUUUUAACCAAAUUCCUUAUCGGUGAAUUGAUAAUAAAUAUUGCAAAGCAUAUGCUAGAUCCUCAUCUGUUGAGAAGUGGAAUAAUUCCACUGAGAUCAGCAGUCAAUUUUUUAUGUCAGUUUACAGCAAGAUUGAGAGAGAGAGAGAGGGAGAACAUAUUUCUUCCUUUUGACUUCCUAUUAGGUGUUUUUUCCAAAAGCCUGAUCCAGUACUCUUUGAUAUCAAAUAAAAGCUUUCCAAUGCUUUAAAUGAGAUUUUCAUCCCUCCUAGCUUACCUGCAGGGCCCUGGCCCUCUUCUUCUUGCAUCUCAUGUUAUAACAGAAAGUUCUAAUAUUGAAUAUUAAAAUGGACUGAAUGAAAAA